UAUUUGACAAUUCGACACGCUCACCACUUUCUUGAAACUUCGGUUUUCCCUUUCCCACAUUCUACGUUUAUAUAUACCCACUCCCAUUUACCUUCAUUUCAUAGCAGCUCACACACUUUUUUUCUAACAGACCAACUUUCACUCAGCAAGAAAAAUUUUUCCUUGCGAAUUUCUGAAGAAAAUUAAUGGAGAACGCAAACCAAUCGUCUUUCUGGCAGUUUAGCGACAAUCUCCGCCUCCAGACCAGCAGCUUCGCCAACCUGUCCCUCAACGAUUCCAUCUGGAGCACUAACUACGCCGCCAAGCGCCCGGCGGAGCAGCGCCGGAACUUCGAUUUCCGGAACCCCGGAGCGGACGCCGGCUCCAAUUUCGCCGACCCGAAGCUCGAUUUCAACAACCUAGGGUUUAAUAACGACGCCUGGAAGGCUCCGAUCAACGACAGCCUGAGCGGCUCCAAGGUUAAUUACUCCGGGUUCGAACCUGGGGCGAACGGCGGUUUCAACAAGGGGAUCUACUCCUCAGCUUCUUCGAAUUUCAACAGCUACAGCAAGGGGAAGGGUUUUGCUAACAGCAUCGUGGUGAAUGGGAAGGUGAUUAAUAAGGGCGGUAAAAAUGAGGAGGUGAAUGGGGGUAAGCAUGGGAAGAAGAAUAAAGGCAGCAAGGAGAGCAAUAAUAACGGAAAUGGUGAGAAUAAGAGUGCCGUGGAUAAGAGGUUUAAGACCCUGCCGCCGGCUGAGGCCUUGCCGAGGAAUGAGACAAUUGGUGGCUAUAUCUUCGUCUGCAAUAAUGAUACUAUGGCUGAAAACCUCAAGAGGCAGCUUUUUGGCUUGCCCCCUCGUUACCGUGACUCUGUUCGUUCAAUAACUCCCGGCUUACCGCUCUUUCUUUACAACUACUCAACUCAUCAGCUCCAUGGGAUUUUUGAGGCUGCGAGUUUUGGAGGGACUAAUAUCGAUCCAUCAGCUUGGGAGGACAAGAAAAACCCGGGUGAAUCUCGUUUUCCUGCUCAGGUUCGUGUUGUGACUAGGAAGAUAUGUGAGCCAUUGGAAGAAGACUCGUUCAGGCCAAUUCUUCACCAUUAUGAUGGCCCCAAGUUCCGUCUCGAGUUGAACAUCCCUGAGGUAAAAUUGGUUGACUGAAAAAAGUAGAUAAAUUGCAAAUGUCACCACAACCUCCCUUUUAGUUUUGCAUUUGCACAACAAAAAUUAUUCAUAAUUUGAAAUGCGGAUGAAUUGAUGGGUGAAAUCUUUUGUUGUAGAUCAAAUUUCACGAGUAUGUUUGUUUUUAUUGAAUAUUACCUAAUGCUAUGGUGUUUAUGGUUCGGUAACAAAAGGUCCUCUCACUCUUGGACAUCUUUGAAGAGAACAAAGCUUGAGCAUCAUCUAGUUUGAAAAUCAAACACAAACACACAAAAUAAAAUGAAGAAACGAAAAGGGAAGCUACGAAUUGAAGCGUGGCUUGUAAGUCAUAAGCUAUAUGGAGGUAAAUUGAGAGCCGGGUGAUUGUAGAUAUAUAAUAUAUACAGAUAAUUUAUUUUUUAUGUAAUGUAAGGUGGAGUUUAUGCUCCCCUUGUUGUAAUAUGAGCAUGAUGAAGGUAUCAUCAGCAUUAUAUAUAUUUACAGGCAAAAAAGACGAGAGAUUAAACUAUCUUAUGGUGAAUGUAUUGUAUUGUUUUAGUUUUGUUCUUUGUAAUCCUAAAUUCUCAGUUGAUGAUAAAUAUCGUCUAUAAUUACUGGCAAAGGACGGAGACAUUAUUGUUUAAUGAUAAAUUGCUCUGUCUCACCAUUACUUUCUCUUGAAUUCUCUAA